AUGAGUUACCUGGCCUGCAUGGCACAUUGUCCCAAGGGAGUCAGGGGAAGACGAGGAAAGCCUGGUCCCCCAGGCAAACAUGGACCAGCUGGGCCCCAGGGACCACAAGGACCAAGAGGUCCUCAAGGAGAUCAGGGGCCUUCUGGACCUAGAGGCGAUCAAGGCCCUCAAGGACCCAAAGGCGAUCCUGGUGAAUCCAUCUCAGCUCCUUCGAUUGUGUCACCUCCGAUGUCCAUGGUGGUGAACGAAACUGGUAUAGCCUCAUUGCGGUGUGAGGUGAAAGGAAAUCCAGUGUCUCAGAUCACGUGGCUGAAAGAAAAUCCCAGUCUUCCCGCCGACAAACGAAUUAUGCAAUCACGUGGUGGUCUUAUGAUAAGAGAUGUGACGUCACAAGAUGGAGGAGUGUACACAUGUAGGGCAAGAAAUAUUCUUGGAGUCGUGUCCUCAUCAGCCACAUUGACUGUUCAAGGUAAUUUCUUAUUAAUUUUCCAUUGUAGUCUUAAUUCACCGUCAUUUUCUCUUGCUCUCAUACAUCUAAUCAAGCUGAAUACUGUUACAUUCUUAACAAAGGUACAUAUUUAUCGAAGCUUCUGAAGAACUUGGAAGCUCUAUCUAGGAUAUAUAUACACUCGAGACUGUUUACAUGCACGAAAAUCUUAGCCGAUACCACUAACAUCCCAGAGAAGAUUAACAGGAAUAUCUGACGUCAAAAUUGAACCGUGGGAACAACGCAAAUAAAACUUCAUGGCUUGCAAUAUUUCCGCAGUCGUCGUCAAGAUAAUUUAUUUUUAAGCAUUUACUUUAGAAGUUUUUCUUUAGAUACUGGCAGCCGUGUUGGGUUUGCAUUUAAACACAGAGAGAACAAAGUUUCUAAGCCAACAAGAUUCUCUCUUCUUGACAGAGGAUAGAAUGUAUUAAAAGUCUAAACACUAUUUUUUAGUACUUAGUGACUUAGUCAGAGUCGUAGUCGGGGUGGUAAGAACACCUUAUGACCCAAAGCAGAAACUCAUAAGUCAAUCGAAACUGAUCGGAGUCGUAAGCGGCGUCAUUAUAAGCCCAACGGAAUCGCGAUUGCAAGAAUCAGAAUGUUUCCAUUUUCUUCUUUCUCGUCGUACUUAUUAUAAUUCCGUACUACCUCUUUCUCAGUGUCCUCUUUUUCGUGUCCCUACGGAGCGAGAGGAGAGGAGAGGAAAGACUCCGUCAGGUGCACUGUUUCAUGGACACACUUUCCACUGACCAGGGUACGUUCAGUAGAGCCAAAUCUCGCUCUGAUCUGCCCCUCCCCUAAAUCGUUUAUUUGAAAUCUCCAGAUUCUGGACCAGACUCAACCAGGGUCUCUUUCUCUCUCUCAAUCCGUAGGGACGGUUAGGAGAGAAUCGUGGAAACGAGGUUGGACUCCGUCGAGUUAAGAGUUUCUGAAAACGAGUCCCAAGCAGAGACGUAAAAAGAAACCUUUCCCAAUGCGACAACAACAACAAAACCAACAAUAACUUUAUUUAGUGGGAUUUUCAAGAGCUCGAAAUCGACGGAGCUGCAAGCGAAAUUGGAGCGCUCUCUUUAGUUUUACAUUAUCACAUUGUACUUUUGAUUACAACUCUACCUUCGACUCCGUCACUAAUGAAUCCAGUCCCAAAAGAUAACUGUAGCCUCGACUUCUUUGGGGUGCGGUUGCUUUACACUGGCCGAUACAUCAAACGCCGAAAGAAAAAAGUAGGUCACGAACUUGAAAGUAAUCGACUAAGUGUAAAUUUCUCGAGGGGGGACUUUAACGUUUGUUGGCGUGCACUUUUCAUUUGUGUCUGUUAUUUUCAGUUGCGGCCUUGAUCCGAGAAAAGCCUUCCUCAGUAAUCGUUGAAGAAGGAGAAAACGUGAACCUAGAAUGCAAAGCUUCUGGUCUGCCGAUGCCAACGGUGACGUGGCGAAAAGCAUUUGAUCACUUGCCAAGAGAAAAGACCGCAAUGAUCGAUGGAAACAUGACUAUACUAGGUGUAACUAAAGACGAUAGAGGGACUUACGUAUGCUCAGUAAAGAAUCUACUUGGAGAGGAAUCCGCUUUCUCCGUCGUAACAGUGAUUGACAGGCUCAGAUUUAUCAUUACCCCUCCCAUAAAAGUUGUCACAUCCGAGCCUAGCAGCCUGAUGCUAAAUUGCAAAGCUAAGGGAUCCCUAGAAAUUACCUGGAAAAGGGCCAACAAAAAUCUUCCUGAAAACCACAUUGUUUUUUCAAACGGAACUUUGUUUCUCAAAAAGGUUAUCACAAAUGAUGCUGGAUUUUACACAUGUGUAGCAAAAAAUUAUCAACGGACAAUAAUGGCAUCGUCUACUGUUGAAGUGCUCAAACCCAUGUCCUGUAGCAGAAUAAAAUCAGGCCGCAGUGGAAGCUCUUCAGGUAAUUAUAUUAUUGACCCUGAUAGCAAAUGA